GCGAAGCCUACGACUUAGGUCCGGAUCAGAUUUGAAAGACCCAUAAAGUGGGACCCAUUAAGUGGGCCCGGAGCUGAGGCAUCCUCUUCCCUCCUCGGUCCUCCCCCAAAUUCACUCCGCUCAGCUGCUGCUGCUACUCUUCGAAAGAGGGGGGAAGCAGGUGGAGAUGCCGAUCGCCCGUGAUCCCCUUUUCGAUUUCUCCCUCGUAACUUUCUGUAUUUGCAUCUUCGGCCUCUCUAGGGCUCACAACUCAUCAUGCCCUGCUGAUUGGAAAAUUGGCCCCAACAAGGAUAAAUGCUUCAAAUACAUUGGAGAUUCCCUUUCGUGGGAUAAGUCAGAGUCACUUUGUCAGGAUAACAAUGGACAUUUAGCUGCUCUUACAUCAGCCCAAGAGUUAAAUUUUGCAGGGGCUUUAUGUGUGGGUGGAAAAAAUGGAUGCUGGGUUGGUGGACGAGGUUACAAUUCUUCUCUUGGCUUUUCUUGGAAAUGGUCAGACAAUACGUCUCACUGGAACAAGACAGUUUUCCCUGGAGAACCCUUUCAAGCCAACUGUUCUAAUCCUUCUUGCAAGAGUCCCAGCUUAGCAAAUUCAUGUACUUUGGUAGCUAAUGGUCGCAAUUCACUUGUUGGUGAAAGAUGCAAUGCCUCUCACGGGCUUAUAUGCAUGCAAAAUAAAGAGAAGAAAUGCCCCCAUGGACACUGCCAUGAUGAGUAUUCCAUCAUUCUUGCCGUUGUGAGCGGAUUAAUUCUCGCCACUACUCUGGCUGUUGUUGUCUGGCUUCUUGUGUAUAGACGAAGCAAGAAACGGAGAAAAUCACGAAAGGUCUCUAGUCCUUCAGCAGCUGCAUUAGUUCCUCCCUCAUGGAAAGUUUUCAGUAGUGAGGAACUGAGGUCAAUUACGAAGAAUUUUAGUGAAGGAAAUAGACUUAUUGGAGAUGCUAAGACUGGUGGAACUUAUAGUGGAAUCUUGCCAGAUGGAACAAGGGUGGCGGUUAAGAGGCUAAAGAGAUCUAGCCUUCAAAGGAAAAAGGAGUUCUACUCUGAGGUUGGGAGGGUUGCAAAGCUUCAUCAUCCUAAUUUAGUUGCUGUUAAAGGUUGCUGUUAUAGACAUGGUGAUCGUUUCAUUGUUUAUGAGUUUGUUGCUAAUGGGCCUUUGGAUAGAUGGCUGUACCAAAUUCCUAGGGGAGGUAGGAGCUUGGAUUGGGCCAUGAGAAUGCGAGUUGCUACAACUCUUGCUCAAGGAAUUGCAUUUCUGCAUGACAAGGUGAAGCCUCAAGUUGUCCACAGGGAUAUACGUGCAAGCAACGUACUCAUAGACGAAGAUUUCGGAGCACAUUUAAUGGGUGUAGGCCUCUCCAAGUUUGUACCAUGGGAAGUGAUGCAUGAAAGAACCGUAAUGGCUGGAACCUACGGAUAUCUUGCUCCAGAAUUUGUAUACAGAAACGAACUGACCACAAAGAGUGAUGUCUACAGCUUUGGUGUGCUACUUCUCGAAAUAGUCAGUGGUCGUCGACCAGCUCAGGCGGUUGAGUCUGUUGGUUGGCAGACUAUAUUUGAGUGGGCUACGCCUCUGGUUCAAUCUCAUAGGUAUCUUGAGCUUCUUGAUCCGCUCAUUAAUGAGAUUCCAGAGGUCGGAGUGAUGCAAAAGGUUGUGGAUCUUGUCUAUGCUUGUACACAGCAUGUUCCUUCAGUACGUCCGAGAAUGUCGCAUGUUGUACAUCAGCUGCAGCAGUUAGGUUUGAGAUCUGGUGCAUCGGCCUCGGUCUCAUUAUCAGAACAGACUAGAAGUGGGACGAGUACACAUAGUACUUUGCCGAUCAUGGUUCCGUUAGAGGUAGAGGCAGCAAACUGAGUCUCAUGAUGUGCUUGUUUGUUUAGUGUAUUUUUAGUAUUAGGGGAACAUGGAGUUGAAAUGUGCAAGUGAAGAUGAUUCCUGUUGUUUAGAGCAAGGAAAGGCCAAUAAUGCAAUGUGAAAUUUAUUAUUUUACAAAUUAUUUGCCUCGUGUAUGAACUAUCCAAUAGCAUAUAUUGUAAAAUUAUUCUUCUUUUUCUUGAAAA